CCGGUCGCACUUGCAUCAUUAAUCCGGCAACUCCCCUUGACAAGUACUUUCUGGGUCAAUUAAUGCCACAAUCACCGCUAAUUACCGCAAAAGCCGCGUCUCGUUGAAUGCCCAACGCCGCCAGACGGCAUCACAUGCAAGCACUCACGUAGGCAAGUCCUGCGUGGAAUGAGUCGGGUAAACGGGACAGGUCCGACAGGACACCCAAGACGCAGUGUCACAUUCGAGACAGUCAGAGCGCGGAACACGUGGCUGGAAGGGACCCGCGUUUGAUUUUUUCCACCUAGAUUGUGACAAACCUCAACUUUCUUGUUCAUGCCCUAUCUUGAAGUAAAGCCAAGACCUCCAAUGAGGGACUCGCCGUAUAAAAGAGCGCUGGAGAUCCGAUGGACAGCAGACUUUCUAACCACCCACAACACAAACGAUGUCGAUCUCAAGCGUGACGAUUCUUCCUGGAGUCGUGAGGGGCCUCGCGAAGCCUGAGGCCACCAAGAAGCUGCAGGAGCUGCUUAUCAAGGAUGGCAAGGAGCACCACUGUUUCUUCAACGACCGCGGUUUCCACAACCACCUCGCAGACCACCUCAUUGCCGCGUACGAUAUGGGCGCGUCGCCGGAGCUUCUGGAGGAGAUUUACAAAGCGGAGGCGUUGGAACAGCGCCCUGUUGGGGAGCCCGGGCCGCUUCUGGACGAUGUGCGCUGGCAAUCGCGGCUUGGAGACCCAAGCGCGUACGCCGCGUACCUCAUCUUCUUCCAACAGAAGAUCGCGAAAACUGGGAUCACCAAGACUCUGGAGGAUUACUUGAUGGCGCCGGAGGCUAACGUCAACGGCGCGUCCAUGUUUGGGCGUCUUUUCGGUGGGGCGCUCCAUCCGAUCAUUCACGUCGGGUUCGGUGUGGAACUGGGUCUCGACUCUUUAGUUGCACAAGGCCUGGCCAUGUGCGCCAGCACGGAGGGCGACUUCUCCUCCGUGGUCGCCGACCACUGGACCACUGCAAUGCCCAAGGUCCCCGAAGUCCCCACCAAAGGUGUCACGCUCUUCUCGAUCCUCCGCCAGGUUUACGAAUCGCCCGACUUGCUCCCGACUCUGCCAUACUCCCCGAACGACGCGAUCGGGACUGGGUACUACAAGCUCUGCGACUCUCCGAAACACACCCACGCCCUGCGCAGCCCGUACUCUAAAUGGUCGAUCGACACGACACUGGAGGGCGCCGCAUUUGACGCGGAGAUCAAUAAACGCGUCGAGGAGGCACUCUGGCAGGCGAUGCUGUUCACUGCCGGCACGGGGCGCACGGGCCAUGCGCCCCGGCUCGACUUCUUCCUCAUGCACUCGAUCACGACCGCGAUCGUCCUGCCCCGCCUGCUCGACGCGCUGCCGCAGAAGCUGCACAAGGUUCAGAUGCUGCAGGGCUACGCGCGCGCCUGCACCGCUUGGGGCAUCGCCCGCGGGCGCCCGCACAUCAACCCGUCGCUGCUGAUGUCCUACUCGGCCCUUCCGGCCCCUGAAAGCCUCAAAACCAGCACCGCUGCGGAUCCUUGGGCCCCUAUCAUCACCACUGCGCUCGACCACUACGACGCCCACCUCGUGAAGACGAUCCGUGCAUUUUAUUACGGACACAUCAACUACGGCAAGGUCGCCGCGGGCCAGGUGCCCGGCGCGGUGGAUGAGAAUGGCAAGGAGACUCAUCCCGGUCUUGGGAAGCUCGAUGGAACGGCCUGGAUCCGUGCGGCAGGUGUCACCUGCAGCUCCUUAGGCUGGAUGGCGUUCGGAGAGAAGGCCGGCGAUUGGGAUCGUAGUGGGCUUGGUUGGGACGCGGCGUGGGAGUGAGCUCUCAGUUAGCGACCUAAAGCAUUACUCGAAGCAUGUACGCGCGAGACAAAUAUAUCUGGA